UGUUCACAUUGAGAAGGGAGCCGCCAUGUUGAUUUGAUGUCACUUGCUGAACUCAGCGUUAUAGCUCAGCUCGGUUUAUACGCGCGCUCCAGUCACGGCGGCGCGCCGGCUGAACAUGGCGGAAGUCGAAGGAGAAGAGAUUCGUGGCGCUCCUCCGUGCCCGGUAACGUUACCCGCGGCGUCUCGAAACGGCUCCGGGGGUCAGAUGCUAACGGCGGGACCACGCAUCGUUCGGAUUAUUAAGUCGGAGUCGGGCUACGGGUUUAACGUCCGCGGUCAGGUUAGCGAAGGCGGCCAGCUGCGCAGCAUUAACGGCGAGCUGUACGCACCUCUGCAGCACGUCAGCGCCGUGUUACCCGGGGGGGCGGCGGACCGAGCCGGGAUAUCCAAAGGAGACCGAAUCCUGGAGGUGAAUGGCGUGAGCGUGGAGGGCGCUACACAUAAGCAAGUGGUGGAUCUGAUUCGCACUGGAGAGAAAGAGCUGGUGCUUGCUGUCCUGUCUGUGCCACCACAGGAAGUAGAUGGUCUCGACUCUGGAGAGGAUGGCUCAGCUUCUCCUAAUUAUGACUUCAGUGACAAGCAGGCUGUGCCCGUCUCCAUCCCCACCUACAAGCAUGUGGAGCAGCAUGGAGAAAGAUUUGUUGUAUAUAAUAUCUAUAUAUCUGGCAGACAGUUAUGCUCAAAGCGCUACCGGGAAUUUUCCAUUCUGCACCAAAACCUGAAGAGAGAGUUUGCCUCCUACACAUUUCCCAAACUUCCAGGGAAAUGGCCUUUCUCUCUCUCUGACCAACAGUUGGAUGCCCGUAGGAGAGGCCUGGAGGAAUACUUGGAAAAAGUGUGUUCAGUGAGGGUCAUUGGAGAAAGUGACAUUAUGCAAGAGUUCCUCUCCGAGUCAGAUGAGAACUAUAAUGGUGUGACCGAUGUGGAGUUGCGAAUUGCACUGCCAGAUAAGACCACCAUUUCAGUUCGAGUGCGUAAAAACAGCACCACUGACCAAGUCUACCAGGCCCUAGUGAUGAAGGUUGGCAUGGACAGCAUCAUGGCCAGUUACUUUGCCCUUUUUGAAGUGAUAAACCAUACCUUUGUUCGUAAAUUGGCCUCUAAUGAGUUCCCCCACAAGCUCUAUGUGCAGAACUACACGUCGGCAGUGCCAGGAACCUGUCUGGCCCUACGCAAGUGGCUCUUCAGCAUAGAGGAGCAAGAGCUUCUCCAGGAAAAUCCUCUAGCUCUGCAUUACUGCUUCCACCAGGCUCAGGAUGAUGUGAAGAAGGGAUUCAUCAAAGCAGAGGAUAAGUCCUAUCAGCUUCAGAAGCUAGCCGAGCAGAGAAAGAUGGCCACGUAUCUGAAUUUGCUACGCACAUGUGAGGGCUAUAAUGAAGUUGCGUUCCCCCAUUGCUCGUGUGAUUCACGGAGGAGAGGUCAUGUGAUUGCUGCUGUCAGCAUUCACCACUUCAAACUUCACGCUUGCACUGAAGAUGGAACGAUAGAGAACCAGGUUAUAGCUUUCGAAUGGUCUGAGAUGCAGAGGUGGGACACGGACGAGGAGGGAAUGGCUUUCUGCUUUGAAUAUGUACGAGGGGAGAAAAAGCCUCGCUGGGUCAAAAUCUUCACUCCUUAUUUUAACUACAUGCAUGAGUGCUUUGAGAGGAUUUUCUAUGAGCUCAGCUGGAGGAAAGAGGUGGAAGAGGAGGCGUCCGACAAAGACAACAAGAAUUGCAAUGAGUACCUCCCUCCUUUGGAACAACAGAAGGGAUGGCAUCACCUAGGGAAAGAAAUCAUCACCUCUUAGGAAGACCUUUCUCUGGACACCAGCAUAAACUGACCUGGACCACCAUACUAGAACAAAAUAAUAAUAAUAAUAAUAAUUUACAACAACCAUGUUACCAGAGCAACAACCCAGGCUCUUUUGAGCUGCAGAGGACUCUGUAGUCCUGCCACCAUCUCCUUGGCAACUGAGAAUGAUUUCCAGGGUGACACACAUUUAUGACUAAAUAAGGGUUGUUUUGCUACAGAUGAACAGCACAUUAAAGUAUUGUGGUCAUGACAUCAGUAGAUAAAAGAUCUCCUUAUAAAUUUACAUUGUGUAAAUAUAAAUGCAAAGAAUCUGCUAGUAGUACUGGAAACACUCUCGUUUUCUGAUUGGCCAGUCACUAUUGCAGCGCAAGACACCAUAAAUUAAAAAAGAGCCUGUUGUUAACAUUCAUCAUUUUUACAGAAUAGUUGCCAUGAUUGAGUCUCGAGUUCCAAGGCCACUAUAUCUUUAGCCAGCAGAUUUGGAUUGGAUAGUAUGGAACUUGAGUAAGUAAAGUAGGUUUGAGGUUUGGACAUAAAAAUAGUUUAAAAAGCGUUUUAUUACAUCACUAAAUUGCACUAACUCCAAGGAUUAAUCUUGAACAGUGCUUGGAAAGGUAUUUGUUGGCUGUUAACUUCUCCUUAUGAAGCAUGUGGUUAAGUUACAUUAAACUUUUUUCUGAUGGCGAUUAAUCAGAUGCUUGGUAAAGGUAGUACUGGUUGGAGGCUUAAAGACAUAGGAUUGAAUGCAUGGGAUUGAAUGUCUGACCUGAAAGUAAAUGGCUGUUCCAUAUUUGAUUCUACUCUCAACUGGAAGUUUUGGUAAGCUGGCAAUAAAAACAUACUAGGAUGUUGCCUGAAAGUUAGGAGCUAUAGGAUGUUGAGGUGCAGUGCUCUCUUCCUAUAGGGGGCAGCAGUGCUAUACACAAAUGAAAAUCUGUCCCUGCUAUAACAUGAACUGUGUAAGAAUGCAAGGAGAAAGUUUGAACAAUUUUCAUUGUAUUUAACUAAUUUUCAGCUCUUUGUACUGUGUGUGUAUAUGCGUGUCUGUACAGGAGCAAACGAGUGUGAGUCCAAAUGAUAUAGUGAGGUUUAAUCCUUAUUGAGUGGUUAAAAGAAGGAUCUUCUAGACUCUUCAGAGCAAUGGUUCCCUGGGGAUUCAGUAAUUCACCAUGAGGAGGGAAAUGCAUGCAGUCCAUUAACUAUGUCAGGAGUGCAGCAAGAGAUUGAGAGAAAAGAAGGAGACUAUUAUAGAUACAAGUGGUCUAUUUCAUUAAAGUACCACUGCUUUGCUGAUUUGCAUAGAAAACUAGAGGUAAUCUGAAUCUCAUGGAAACACCAUGUAGUAUAUAGCAGGUUAAUUCGGUAUUUAGAAGUAAAAAAAAAAUCUUUCUUGAUAAAUAUUUCUCUCAUUCCUUCCCUCCUUCCCAGAGGUUGGCUGUGAAUGUGCGAGGCUGUGUUUUCGGUGUAUAAGUGGGUCAGUGUAUGUGUCUGCUCCAUAGUGCUUCCCUCUACUAGAAGAGAUAAAAUAGGAAUGAACCCCCUCACCAUACAAAUCCUACUUCAGCAAAUCUGAAAGACUCCUUAGCAGCCCAGUGUUAAUGCAAUUGUACCUGCUGUACCUGUGCGUGCACGUCUUCAUCCAUAAAUGUCCCAUUGUUUGGCAGCAUAAUAUGUCAGCUUAGAUUCCAUGCUAAACUAAGGUAUAUUUUUCAUUUUAAAAAAAAGAAAAAGGAAACAAUAGGCAUAUAUUUGGUUGUUAUUGUGUAUUUGUCGUAAUAUUAACCAGCGCUACACAAAGUAGGCUGUAUGUUUCUGUGGUCAUUCAAAACGUCCAAGAACAUAUGCGAACAUAAUGUAUUUGCGAGGCAAUUGAUUUCUUUUUCCACCAUAUGGAGUUGAACUUUGCAGCUGAAAUGUUGCUUGAAAUACGAAAGGAAAACAGCAGGCUGAUAGAGAACUUGUAAUUAUGAAAUUUAAAACUUUCUAAUUUUUAGAUCAUAUUUAUAUAUUUUUUGUUUUGCAUGACAUGUUGGAGGGUUGUGUCAGGUGAUGAGCUGGUCUGAAAAUGCAUUUGUCUUUGUGCGUUUUUCUUGUAAGUUUAUUGCUUAUGUGUCCUCUUGACAAAGCAUUCACUGUAGCACUGUAGACUGAAAUGAUUAAUUUAUUAUUUUCCUGUUUAAUCAGAGUUAAUUAAGCCUAUUUGUGAUAGGCAAUUGAACUGAGGCUCUUUUUAAGGCUUGAUUGGGAAGGGAUUUAAUUUAUAAGUGGAAAUGGAGAAACAGUGAUGCUUUAUUUCAUAUAGCUUCAUAAACAAAUAACAAUCAUGAUUGGUGAAUGAUAGUUUUAUAUCUAAAAUGUAUUAAGUUCACUAACCAAAAAAAGUUAUAAAAGCUUGGUUUGGAAAAAUGUAGAAUAAUUUUAAAUAAAACUGUAUUGAAUAUGAUUCUUUUCUCAG